GCCCCCGGCCCUGCGGGUUGCUGAGCUCCCGCCAGCACCCGAGGCUCGCGGAGACUAAGCUCUGUACCAUUCCCAAGCGAGCGCUCGGACCCGGACAAGCCGCGCGCACGCGCACUCGGGGCGCGACGUCCAGGCGCUCGUCCCGCGGCGGCGGCGGCCGCUAGGUGGCGCAUGCGCCCUGGAGGGCGCGGGCGGUCUCUGGGAAGAAGGCGGCGGCGGCGAGAGGCGGGGGCGCCGUGGGGGCCGGUCCGUGUUUACACAGCGGCGGGCGGGUGCGGACGCGGAACCCGGCGCAGCGGCGGCACGAUGGUCAUGGCGCAUUUCGUGGAGAAUUUCUGGGGGGAAAAAAAUAAUGGCUUUGAUGUUCUGUAUCAUAAUAUGAAACAUGGACAGAUAUCAACUAAAGAACUAGCAGAUUUUGUAAGAGAAAGAGCUACAAUAGAAGAGACAUACUCCAGAUCAAUGACAAAACUAGCGAAAUCUGCAAGCAAUUAUUCACAACUUGGAACAUUUGCACCAGUGUGGGAUGUGUUCAAAACAUCUACAGAGAAAUUAGCAAAUUGUCAUUUGGAUCUUGUUAGAAAAUUACAGGAAUUAAUAAAGGAGGUUCAGAAGUAUGGAGAGGAGCAAGUAAAGUCUCAUAAAAAGACUAAAGAAGAAGUUGCAGGGACUCUGGAAGCAGUCCAAGCCAUUCAGAAUAUAACUCAGGCUCUCCAGAAAUCUAAGGAAAAUUACAAUGCCAAAUGUGUAGAACAGGAACGUCUGAAAAAGGAAGGAGCUACACAAAGAGAAAUAGAAAAGGCAGCUGUUAAGUCUAAGAAAGCUACAGAUACUUACAAACUUUAUGUGGAAAAGUAUGCAUUGACAAAAGCUGAUUUUGAGCAGAAAAUGACAGAAACAGCCCAGAAAUUUCAAGAUAUUGAAGAAACUCAUCUCAUUCAUAUAAAGGAAAUUAUAGGAUCCUUGUCAAAUGCUAUAAAGGAAAUUCAUUUACAAAUAGGCCAGGUUCAUGAAGAGUUUAUAAAUAAUAUGGCUAAUACUACAAUUGAAAGUUUGAUACAAAAAUUUGCUGAGUCAAAAGGCACAGGGAAAGAAAGACCUGGCCUUAUUGAAUUUGAAGAGUGUGACCCUGCUAGUGCAGUUGAAGGCAUAAAACCAAGGAAAAGAAAGACUUUUGCUUUGCCUGGAAUAAUUAAAAAGGAAAAGGAUGCAGAAUCAGUGGAAUGUCCUGAUGCAGAUUCGCUUAAUAUUCCUGAUGUAGAUGAAGAAGGUUUUAGUAUUAAACCAGAAGCAAAUCAGAAUGAUACCAAAGAGAACCAUUUCUACUCAUCCAGUGAUUCUGACUCUGAAGAUGAAGAACCAAAGAGGUACCGGAUAGAGAUCAAGCCUGUGCAUCCAAAUAACUUGCAUCACACAAUGGCUUCUUUGGAUGAAUUAAAAGUAUCCAUAGGGAAUAUAACACUGUCCCCAGCAGUAUCUAGACACAGUCCAGUGCAGAUGAAUCGGAAUUCAUCUAAUGAAGAGUUAACAAAAUCAAAGCCGUCUUCUCUACCCACUGAGAAAGGCACCAAUGAUUUACUUGCUUGGGACCCCCUGUUCGGAUCAUCUCUUGAGUCGUCAUCUUCAGCUCCACCCACUUCGUCAUCAUCGGCCAGACCCACAACUCCUCUUUCUUUAGGCACCAUUGUUCCACCUCCAAGGCCUGCUUCCAGACCAAAGCUUACUUCAGGCAAACUGAGUGGGAUUAAUGAAAUACCCAGGCCAUUCAGCCCACCUGUAACUUCCAAUACCAGCCCACCUCCUACUGCUCCCUUAGCCCGGGCAGAGAGCAGUUCCUCUAUCUCUUCCUCUGCUUCAUUGAGUGCUGCCAAUACUCCGACAGUAGGUGUGUCACGGGGUCCCAGCCCAGUGAGCCUUGGAAACCAGGACACUUUACCUGUGGCAAUCGCCCUUACAGAAUCUGUCAAUGCCUACUUUAAAGGAGCAGAUCCUACCAAGUGUAUUGUGAAGAUCACUGGAGACGUGACAAUAUCAUUUCCGAGUGGAGUUAUUAAAGUCUUCACAAGCAACCCCUCUCCAGCUGUGCUGUGCUUUAGGGUGAAGAACAUCAGCAGACUCGAGCAGAUUCUUCCAAAUGCACAGCUUGUGUUCAGUGAUCCGUCACAAUGUGACUCCAACACAAAAGAUUUUUGGAUGAACAUGCAAGCUGUUACUAUCUACCUCAAGAAGCUAUCAGAGCAAAAUCCUGCUGCUUCUUACUAUAAUGUAGAUGUAUUAAAAUACCAGGUAUCAUCAAAUGGCAUUCAGUCCACUCCUCUAAAUCUUGCAACAUACUGGAAAUGUAGUGCCAGCACCACAGAUCUGAGAGUGGAUUAUAAGUACAACCCAGAAGCUAUGGUCGCACCUAGUGUGCUUUCCAACAUACAGGUGGUGGUACCAGUGGAUGGAGGAGUCACAAAUAUGCAGUCCCUUCCUCCUGCAAUAUGGAAUGCAGAACAAAUGAAAGCCUUUUGGAAAUUAUCUGGGAUUUCGGAGAAAUCAGACAGUGGAGGUUCUGGAUCCCUCAGAGCAAAAUUUGAUCUUUCAGAAGGACCCAGCAAACCUACAACACUCGCAGUGCAAUUCCUUAGUGAGGGAAAUACCCUCUCAGGAGUAGAUAUUGAGCUUGUUGGUGCUGGCUAUAGACUUUCUUUAGUAAAGAAGCGCUUUGCCACUGGACGAUACUUGGCGGAUUGUUGAUGGACCCAGAAUGUGGAUUUCUCAAGGGAAUAAUGUGCACCUGCCACUCUGCAUCACCUGUUCCUUCCAAACACUAUUUUUACUUGUAUGAUGUCUUUCAAAUUUGCUCUUUGAAAGCUGACUACAAACAUUAAAUUGCACUUUCAAAGUGUCAUUGAAAGAAAUAGCACUGAAAUGACCUUGUACACAGUAAAUGAUCAAAUGCAAUAUUCUGGAAGCACGUGUAUUCAAAUUGUCACUAAAAUGAAGUCUGUUAUCUUCAGUGUCUGUUCUUUAAAAGGUUAGAAUGUAGUAACAAGCCUAAAAUUUCAGGAGAGCAAGCACAAAAGUUAUUUAGCUUUCCAUAAGUAUUUAGACUCAGAGUUAACCUUUGAAGUUCCAUAAGUUUGAUGUUGAAUAAAUAUAAACAGAACAUGAAUUUUUAGGCUUUGAAUGUUAACUCAGAACUCAAUCUAAUUGAGUUAUGUGCCAUAGGGUAAUCAGACCAGAGUCCAAGUUGUAUGCAAACAAAAAACAUCCCUAUAAUUUGAUUCUCAUAAGCAUAUUAAUAAAGUGUAAAUGGUGUUUUAUAUGAUCUUUUGAAACUCAAGUGCAAUGUGUUUUAAAAUAAGCUUGCAAAGGACAGCAGAAAAACUUACUUCUGCAGUUAAUUAACUUUAUAGAAGUUGUGAUUGUUUUGAUGAAUUAAUGCUGUAGAUUUAAUUUAUUUUUAUAUGGAUUACAUAAUGUGUGCCUUUUAAAACAAUAACAAAAACCAGAAAUGUGCCUCUCUAGUUUGUGUUAAUUAAUGUGCCUCACUUUUUCCUCACUCUGGAUCUUGUAUUCAGAUUCAUACAACGGUCAAGCAUAUUUAAAAGAUAUUUGCAAUUUUUAAAAUCCUUUUGGCUUAUAAUUGAGAAGAAAAUUCAAAAUAACUAAAAGAUAAUUUAUAAUUAAAAAUCCUGUCUCUCUUCUGUAGUGAUAUACCAUAGCCACUAGAAAAACAAAUCAGCCUAAUGGAGUAUGUUUACUGGGAUUAAAAUUACCUUCAGAUAUUCAACAUUGACCUCAUUAUAAGUGUGUGAAACAGACAAGCUCUGAAACUAUGGUGAUAAGUUGGUAACUGGUAUUUUAACUGUAAUUUAGCAUUUCCCUUGACCCUAUUUAUCAAAGAGAAUUUACACAUUAUUGUAUUGUGAACACAAGUUUUCUACCAUUUUAAGAAUAAUUUUUUAAAAAGAUUCAUUUUAGCAGUGAGAGAAAUACUAUCACUUGUUUUAUUUUAACAAUUAGAAAAUUGUCAGAUUCCCAUAUGAUAAAAAUAGGUAAAGUAUUUGAAGUGAAGGAUUGGGUUAAGAGUUUCUUAAAAUGAACUGCUCAUACUGAGUAGUAGCUUUAUAGCAAAUUCUGAUUGACAAAAGCAAUAUAUGUUUUAGACAAAGUUUCAUAAUUUACAAAUGGAAAUUUAUGAUAAAUACCAAUGUCCUUGUCAUUUUUCAUAGAAAUGAUAGCUUGUGUUAUAUCUGGUAAUUUAUAUAAAUUACUAAUUUUGUUAACUUUGUUAAGCUUUACAGAAAAUAAAAUCCCUAUUACUAGACAUUAAUAUAACAUCUUGCUAUAUUAAACACAACAAAUUCUUUUUUGCAGUAUGUAAUACAAAAUGAGCAUUUUAUAUUCAGUGUUACUCCAAUUCUGAAUUUAGGUUUGACUUAGGUAAACAUAAGACAGUUCAAUCUUUACUAACUAGCAAAAUUAGAAUUUCUAACUCUUACGUUCUUUAAAAUGCCAGUUACAAUUACACUUACUAAAAUCUUACUAAAUCUUUUAUUGGGCAGUUAAUGCUUUAGUAUUUGAAAUCUUGACACUGCUACAAUGUCUGUUUUUAAUCAAGUAUUACCUUAAAAUGUUGAGAUGAGUGGAAUGGUUAACCUUGUGCACUUUCUUAACCCCCAUAGCCUUCAUACUGAGUAUCAACAUGCAAGUUUAUAUUGGGUACAGGUUACAGUUUUAAAGCCAUAUGAGUUUAUAGUGAUUCUUUUUCCAUUUAAAAAUACACUAAUGUUUAAAAAAAAAAAAAAAAAGCCCAGUAGAUUCAGUGGGAGACUUUCUUAUCUAGCAAGCUGGCUCUUGCUUGUGUACAGUGAUAACUUUGUAGCUGCUUCUUUAACCAAGAAUUUGUAAACACAGAACUCUUAACACAUGUGAGCUUUUAAGGAUCGUUAUUUACUACUUUGGGUUGCAAUUAGAGUACAUCUAUCUUCCAAAAUUUUGUAAAUAUUUUUGAUUUUUUUCAUAAAAUGUAAAUUUUACAUAAAAGUUGUAUUCCUAAUAAACAUGUAAUAUAUAAUUUAGCAA